UGAACGUCGUCCGUACCACUCUGCCAAACGCCCUGGGCCAGUGACGUCUUGUGCAGCUCCAAGGUACGGGAUACAUCUCGGUUUUCCCACCAACACCAAGUCGAUUCAAGAUCAGCAGACACAGAUCGUGACUGUUUCUUCGAUCCCACACAAAGGACAAAAAAUAUACCCAAUUUCACAAGCCAUGUCUGACAACGUCGGUCUCUCAACGCCUCGCGGCAGUGGCACUUCUGGCUAUGUCCAACGCAACCUCGCGCAUAUGCGUCCGCGCGACUACGGCGCGCCCUACCCCCCAAGGACGCUGACUCACUCCCGACAGCCCGAUAAAGAAAUAUUAGAGCACGACCGCAAGCGCGAGGUGGAGGUUAAGGUGCUCGAUCUGCGCGACACACUUGAAGACGAAGGUCUUGACGAAGAAGAAGUAGAGAAGCGAUGCGACGAGAUGCGAGCGAAGCUACUAGCCGAGCUAGAGAAACAGAAGAACAGCCGCGGCGGCGGUGCCGGGCCCAUACGCAAGCACUUCAAGAGCCAUCAAGUGCACGAAAUGGCCGACGCUAAGAUUAAGGAGAGCGAGAGAUUACGUAGCGCUCUGAGAAUAAGCAAAGACUAUGAAGAGGGCAGCCAUUGGAAGAGACAAGAGGAGAGACUCCGGGGCUCCCUGGAAAAGGAGGCUCAGAGGGAAGACGCCGAUUAGGCACGCGAUUCUGUCAGAGAUUUUCUGCUAAGAUAUGUAGCGCCUGGGUUUUGGGUACGGAUUGGCAUGGGAUGGGCGUUCAGGCGUUUGUUUACGACGUCACAGGCAGACGAGCGUGGCGCCGCUGCGACACUGGUUCGUACUGAUACCAAGUCGCUAAGAAGACGGCUCGACACAUCGAACUUGGCAGCAAAUAGACUCAUGUUGAAU